AGAUGUAGGGAUAUUACCAUCUAGAAGCUCAUGUUAAGCUUAUUUGGCAUGCAGGCUGCCAUUGUGAAUUCCCAGACUCUGGAAGAGGUUGCAAGGCUUGAAAAGGCAUUGAAGACUGGUCAGCUUCCUGCAGACUUGAAAAUCCCAGGUGACGAUAGUGGGGCGCAAAGUGUGCGGGCAAAAGAUGAUAAAAUGACCUCUGAUAGUCAAAAUGAGCCUAAUUUUGAAACGGAAAAGAUAGAAGAACUGAGGAAGGAUGAAUCUGCUCCUAUGGAAGAGGAAUAGGAUGGCUGGACUCUUGUGUUAAUCUCUCAGUGGGUGGAUGGCUUCGCGCUGGAGGAAUUUGGUUUAAAUAUGAAAUGUUAAGCUAUUAGGAAUUCUGUGUCCCCAAACCGUAAUGUAUUUUGUUGAUGAGAACACUUCCCUUGCCCUUUUUUUUUCUGGUAACUGAGAAUAGAGAAAAGAGUUGUUGUAAGCCCUCUCAAAGUGUAGGCAUAUUUUUGGAUGUAAACAGAUGUUCCAUUACAUCUCAUCUUUUAGCUAAUUGAACCAUAAUAAUGUUUCAUUUGAGGG